CAAUACAAACAAUAUACACAUCAGUGCUCUUUCAGCGCUACUGUGUUUCACGAUAUUAAACGGCAUUUGAAUGAGGACUUGAGACAGUUGUACGAUAUGUACGGUCCGGUAGUGACGGUAUGGGUCGGUCCCAAACCCGUUGUGAUCGUCGGUGACCCGCAUGUCAUUAAACAGGCAUUUUCUCGGCCAGAAUUCAUGGGACGAAUGGACAACAUGUUGUUAAAUACUCAAAAACAA